AUGGGAUUGGGGAAAACGAUUCAAGUAAUCACUUUCUCCGAGCUCUUCUUUCGUGCCACCGAAACACGGAAAAUCUUGGUAGUCGUGCCGAUAAAUACCAUUCAAAAUUGGUACGCCGAGUAUCGGGAAGUGGAUGCCAGAGCGAAUAUAAUGAGGAUGGAGAACCGAUCCGAAAAUUCCAAGUGUUCCUUCUCGGCGAUGCGAUCAAAGGAAUUGAACAAAGGACAAAAUGAUAGAUUCAAUAAAGAGAACUUUGCUUUUGGAAGAUUGGCAUCGAGAUGGUGGUGUGCUUCUCAUCGGAUACGAAAUGUUCCGACUCAUUCUCCUCAAUUCGACAAAACCCAAAAAGGAGAAAAAGAGCAAAAUGAAGUUAAACUCAUCGACUUCAAGUCUACAAAGCGUGAAAGAGAGCCAAGA